CCGCCAGGUAAUUUUCCGCUAGCCACUUGCGACCACACUGCACGGUGAAAAGGAAAAAAGAUUAUUAAUUUUAAUAAGUUUUUCCCGGAGCGAAUAAUAGCCCGCGAAGAAAGCACGGUAGCACGAGAGCAGAAACCGAACGCAGGCGAAAGUUGAAAAGAGUGACGACGCAAGCAAGCAACGACGAAGCAACAAAAAGAAAAUCGGCGACGUAUACGUUCAACUUCGACAGAAUUAAGUGUUUGCCGAAUCCAACGCCGCCACCGCAAUGUCAUGCCGCGCCCCCUUCGAGCCCGAAGAACAGUAUAGGCAGCUGCGCCGACCCAAUGCUAGCGGCGGAUCUGUGUCCGUGGCCGGUGUCAUGCCGACCGGAGCCGGUUUACCGCUAGAGCAGCAGACCCAUCUCUUCAAUAAUUACGAGGCCGCCGCCGUCGCCGCCCAGGGCUACGCCCAGGCCCAGGACUUUGCCGCUGGCCCGGCUGUAGCCGGCUAUCAGCACCAGGUGCAGACCCAGGGUCAGGUCCAUCCAGAUCAGUUCAAGCUAUCGGCCUCGGCCUCGGAGUUUGUGCCGCAAAGAGCCGGGCCACCGCCGCAGCAGCAGCACCAGCCGCGUCAUCAGCAAUAUCAGGGACAGGGCGGAGGAGCAGCUCCCUAUGCACAGCAGCAACAGCAGCAGCGCUUUAUGAACGGCUUUAAGCAUCAUCAUCAGCAGCAGCACCACCAGCAUCAGCAGCACUACAAUCAUCACCACAAUCAGCAUCAGCAGAAGUUCAACAACGACAUGCAAAAGCUUUCGAUUUCCGUGCAGCACCGCCUGCACCUCAACAACCAGCAGCAGGGCUCGGGCAAUUAUUAUCAGCAGCAGCAGCAGCAGGUACACCAACAGAACACACACCAUCACCACCAACAACACCACCAGCAGCAACAGCCACACAACCAACACGCCAAGUUUCAACGGCAUGCCCACUUGAAUAACUCAUUCCAACAAAUCGCACAGCAAAAUCAUCACCACCACCAGCAGCAGCAGCAGCAGUAUUUCCAGAACCAGAACCAACAGCAGCAGCAGCAACAGCAGCCAUCCACUUCGUCCGCGGCGGCCUCCUCGUCGUCCUCGAACUCAUCGCAGCCAGACAUGGCCACAAUUGCAUUGGAGUAUCUCGAUACAGUCAUACAUUGCCUUAACCAGAAUCCGGGCCAAUUUGAUACCAUUGCUUCACGCUUCCUGACCAUUUUCGACGGCAUGGAGAACAACCAGUUUGUCCUCUCCAUCGCCAUGGAGGACAUCUUCGAGAAGUCCAUUGAGCAGCCCAACUUCCGUUACAUGGGCGCCAAGCUGUACAACCUGCUGCAUAUGCUAAACCCGAAACCGGACUCUUUGUUCCACACGCUGCUGAAGUGCAAGCUGGACUACCACCAGGAGGAGGUGACCAAGUACAUGCGCUCCAACGAACAUCAGAAGGUGCGCGAGACGGCCCUCUUCCUCGCCGAACUGUAUAUGCAGUUGCGCGGGGAGGACGACUCCCGUCUCCAGUUGAUUGCGGUGAACAUUGUCUACUCGCUGAGCAAGCUUCUGCUGAGCGAGAGUAACGACAACGUGCGCUGCCUCUGCCAGACCCUCAAGCUGGCUGGCUACGAUCUAACGGCCGACUGCCCGAAGGACAUGCAGGAGAUAAUCACAGCUUUGCAAGCCAUUGAGCUCAAGUCCCCGGGCAAAUACGCCAUGGCAGCCAGCGUGAUUGCCUUGCAGCAGAACAACUGGGGUAGGAAGGUGUCCAAUGCUUUGGGCGGCGACGAAGAUACCGUGGCGGAGCCGCCUCGCCUCAGUGAUGAGCCAGUGUUCUAUGGGCCCGAUGGCCGUGAACUGACCGUUGAGGAAACCGACUUCCUGGCCGCCGAGGACGAUACCGGCAGCGAUGGCGAGGAUUUCGAUGGCGAUGGCGGCGAACUGGAUUUGGAUGCGGAGAUGGACGAGGAGACAGAGCGCGCCUACAAGGAGUUCUGCAAGCAGGGCAAGCAGAAGACCUAGGCUGUGGACGACGUCGACGACUGUUGUUGUGUAGCGCUAACGGUAAUGGGGGGCGUGGCAGGUGACACAGGAUAGGGUAGGAGUUUCGAUGUGAUGAGAUUAAAUGAGAGAAAUGAAGAAAAGUUUAGGGAAAAGAAGAGACGAGUGUGGUUGGAGUAUUUCCAUACAAAUUCUCGGUUGUAGAAUCGAUGAUUGCAGUUGCUUGGUUCAGAACCAGUUGUGAUUAUCUUUUAAAUUAUUGAUAGCAAAUUGUUUGUGAUAUCUUCGUGUUUCAUGCACCACACACAUCCAUAUACACAUACAGCAUAUAAUAUGACAUGUGUUUUUGACUAUGUUCAGACGCUUUUUUGUGUGAUACGCCCGUUUGUAUCUGUAUAUCUCUAAUAACUAACUUUACUCUCUGCCAAGUUCAUUCAUCAGCUUUGUCUUUAUUAUUUUAUUUAUUUUUUUUUUUGUGUACUUUGCCUAACAUCUUCAUUGAUCAGUUUUUCCAAGCCAAGCGCCAGGAUUUUAACUUUCUCGUUUGUAAAGCAGCAAUUAAAACAGCAAUAAAUAUAAUUGUAGAACCCCACUGCCACGCCAAUCCGAACCGCUUGCCCGCUUACACCCACAGACUGCAGACAAACGGACACGGAGCUGCACUCAAAGACUCGUACUCAUAUGCGCACCCACACACUCAUAGAACGGCAGAUGAAUAAAAAACAAAAACCGCAAAUUC